UAAUCCACAACACACCUCUCACAAGCGCUCUCAAGGCUAUCUAACUAUCAGAAUAACGUUUUCAGCCAGAGCCCGAAAAAGAAGCAAAAAAACAUGGGAAGAAAGAAGAAUAAAGAAUAUUAUGCAGUAUUUUCGGGUCGAGUCGAUGAACCUACGAUAUUCUCCUCCUGGGGAGAUGCGCACCCAAGGGUGACAGGCUGUGAAGCUGUAAUGAAGGGAUUCGCCAGUAUAGAAAAAGCUCGCCAGUACAUGAAAGAGUUGGGUAUUUCAGAAUGCAAGGAGGUGAUAAAAGAGACGGCAUUGAACACUACCCCGGCCAAUAACGAUACAGCGUAUUAUGCAGUAGCUUAUGGGUCAGAAGGGCCAUGCAUCAAACCUUACUGGUAUGGAGACAAAGGUGCCUUUGAAGAAACUGAUAAAGCCCCCUAUGCUUGCCACAAACACUUCAGAACAGAAGCCCAGGCAGAAGCAUUCAUUGAAGAUUGGAAGGAGGCCUAUGCAGAAGUCAUAUACCGUGCGGUAAAAGAAGGAUUCAGUAAAGGAAUGAAGCCAAGAGAUCUGAAAUUGAAUUUAGUGGAAUCGCUGUUUGAGGAACCAAGCGACCAUGAUAUUGAGGAGAUAGGCGAGACAUUUAGUUCGCAACUCACGCUGGCGUGA